ACUUUGUCGGAUUUGAGGAGGCGUCUACUGGGAAUAAGGGGAGUGCAUGUGUCUCGUUUUGGAGAGAGGAGGGUGUGUGCGCGCUGGAGCUGUCCGUUCAGAACCACACACACACAUCUGCCACCAGCGGUGCACCACAAGCCAUCAGCCUCGCACCUUCUCUGGACCUCAUGGUGCGGAGCGUAAAUUUAUGAUAACCUCUGCAUUCAUUUAACGUCUGCAAUUUCUUAUUUUCUCUUGGCAUCUGGAGGCAAUCCCAUAUUCACCUGACAAGAACAUCAAACGCUCAUGCAGCGGUUUCCUGCAGUUGAGCUGCCUUUGCGCGCCUGUUUUUCUGCGUUUAUUCAGUUCACUCUCUUUUUUCCGUUGCCUAACAAUUGCGCACAUGUAUCCUCCGGGUCUUUCAGCGUUGUAAUGCCUGGCCCGGGCUCGAGACAUGCCUAAGCGACGAGAUGGGCCAGGGCGACGAGAAAGACCGUGUUGUGAUUAACGUGGGAGGGAUUCGACACCAGACCUACCGCAGCACGCUGCGCACUCUCCCCGGCACUCGUUUAGCCUGGCUCGCCGAGCCCGAUGCCCACAGUCACUUUGACUAUGACGCCCAGAUCGACGAGUUUUUCUUUGAUCGCCACCCCGGAGUUUUUGCACACAUUCUCAAUUAUUAUAGGACUGGCAAGUUGCAUUGCCCCGCUGAUGUUUGUGGCCCUCUUUAUGAGGAAGAGCUGGCCUUCUGGGGCAUCGACGAGACAGAUGUGGAGCCCUGCUGCUGGAUGACAUACCGGCAGCACCGGGAGGCCGAAGAGGCGCUGGACAGUUUCGGCGGAGGGCCAGCUGAAAUGGGCAACGAUGAUAUGGACACAGAAGUUUUGGGUGAUCCAGGGGAUGGAGACGAGGAACUUGAGAUGACUAAACGCCUGGCCCUCGGCGACUCACCUGACGCAAAAGGUGCAGGGUUGUGUCAACGUUGGCAGCGGCGUGUUUGGGCGCUCUUUGAAGAUCCAUAUUCCUCUAAAUAUGCAAGGUGGGUGGCAUUUGCCUCGCUGUUCUUCAUACUGGUUUCCAUAACCACAUUCUGCCUGGAGACACACGAGGCCUUCAACCCCAUCAUUAACCGCACAUAUAUUAACCCUAAAGACAACAGCUCCAGGUUUCACUUGGAGACAGAGACGGUGGUCUACCUAACCUACAUCGAGGGAGUGUGUGUGGUGUGGUUCACCUUUGAGUUCCUCAUGCGUGUCACCUUCUGUCCAGACAAAAAGAAAUUCAUCAAAAACACCCUAAACAUCAUAGACUUUGUGGCUAUCCUGCCAUUUUACCUGGAGGUGGGCCUGAGCGGAUUGUCCUCUUCUGAAGCAAAGGACGUUCUGGGUUUCCUCAGAGUAGUGCGAUUCGUUCGGAUCCUCCGAAUCUUCAAGCUGACGCGACACUUUGUGGGCCUGCGAGUGCUGGGACACACCCUCCGCGCCAGCACCAAUGAGUUCCUCCUGCUCAUCAUCUUUCUGGCGCUCGGAGUGCUCAUCUUCGCCACCAUGAUCUACUACGCCGAGCGAAUCGGUGCCAAUCCCAAUGACCCACGUGCCAGCGAGCACACCCAUUUCAAAAACAUCCCCAUUGGCUUCUGGUGGGCUGUUGUGACUAUGACCACAUUGGGCUAUGGAGACAUGUAUCCUCAGACCUGGUCAGGCAUGUUGGUGGGCGCAUUGUGUGCUCUGGCGGGUGUAUUAACCAUUGCCAUGCCUGUGCCUGUCAUCGUCAAUAACUUUGGGAUGUAUUACUCUCUAGCCAUGGCUAAGCAGAAGCUACCAAAGAAAAAGAACAAGCAUAUUCCCCGUGCCCCCCAGCCGGGCUCACCUAAUUACUGUAAGUCUGCCAUGAACUCACCCCACCACAGCCCACAAAGUGACCAUUGCGCUCUUGCUGCCCAAGAGGAGAUUUUAGAAAUGAACAGAGCAGACCUGCCUGAAAUCACACAUGUGGUGGAGGUCACAGAGUGA